AACAUCAGUGCCACGCCUGUCACAUUUUAUGCGUGCAUGCUCAGUUUGAGCGUGGUGGAUGGAAAGGAUUUUUGUUGUUUAUUUUCGUGGCCAGUAAACGCGUUUUGUUAUUGUUAUUAGCUUAUAUAUAUUUAUACAGUUUUAGUAUAAUAAAGCGAACAGAUAAACGAGUGCACGUUUAGCUAAUGUGAUAUGGUAACAUUUCGUGGGGUAACGUUAGCGGAUUUGGGCAGUCAUAGAAGAAGGUUAGCGAGCUAGCGUAUAGUUGAUGAAGGUCUUUUAGCGUUAGCUGUUAGCGAAUGAGCUAGCAAGCUAGCCAAAAUAAUAAUAACGCAAGCUAGUUAACGUUAGAUACCGCAUCAAAAUUUAGGUCGAUAAAUCCACUCACUUAUCAUAUUCUACCACCGGGACUAACGCUACUGCGCGGAGAAAUCACUGUUGCUAAACUUGGGCAGUGUUGGAUCAACAGUACUUUCAUCUUGACACUUCUAUUGGUAAAGCCAUAUAGGAUACAACUGGAAAGCCUCCCCAAGGCUGAAACCUAAGGAGCAAGAUGUCAAUCACGAACACUCCCACAAGUAAUGAUGCCUGCCUGAGCAUUGUGCAUAGCCUGAUGUGCCACCGACAGGGAGGAGAGAGUGAAAGUUUUGCUAAGCGAGCUAUUGAGAGUCUUGUCAAGAAGCUGAAGGAGAAGAAAGAUGAGUUGGAUUCCCUUAUCACAGCCAUCACUACGAAUGGAGCUCAUCCUAGCAAGUGUGUCACCAUACAGCGAACUUUGGAUGGACGCCUGCAGGUUGCGGGGCGUAAAGGUUUUCCUCAUGUUGUCUAUGCCCGACUGUGGCGAUGGCCUGAUCUACACAAGAAUGAAUUAAAACACGUGAAAUAUUGCCAGUAUGCCUUUGACCUGAAAUGUGACAAUGUUUGUGUCAACCCAUACCACUACGAGAGGGUUGUCUCUCCAGGCAUUGACUUAUCAGGACUGACCCUUUCAAGUUCAGGUCCACUCUUGGUAAAGGAUGAGUAUGACUAUGACAACCAGCAAUCUCACUCAAGCUCUGAAAGCCACCUGCAGACUAUCCAGCAUCCCCCGUCAAGGCCCGGUCCACAGGAGACCUUCAGCAGCCCCGCUCUACUCCCCCCAUCAGAUGGCAGCAAUUCAGCUUCAACCUCUGCUUUCUCUUCCAUCAGUGCUGGACCCUCAAAUCCUACCCCCAAUUGGAGCAGAAACAGCAGCUUCACCCCUGCGGUCCCUCAACAUCAGAACGGGCAUCUACAGCAUCAUCCACCCAUGCCUCACACAGGGCAUUACUGGCCUGUUACCAAUGAAAUUGCAUUCCAGCCCCCCAUAUCCAAUCACCCCGCUCCAGAAUACUGGUGCUCCAUUGCGUACUUUGAGAUGGAUGUCCAGGUUGGGGAGACGUUUAAGGUGCCAUCCACAUGUCCGAUAGUGACUGUGGAUGGCUAUGUGGAUCCAUCAGGAGGGGACCGCUUCUGCUUGGGCCAGCUAAGCAAUGUCCACAGGACAGAGAACAUAGAGAGAGCCAGGCUCCACAUUGGCAAAGGGGUGCAGCUGGAGUGCAAAGGUGAAGGAGAUGUCUGGGUGCGCUGUUUGAGUGAUCAUGCAGUGUUUGUGCAGAGCUAUUACCUGGAUCGAGAGGCUGGACGUGCCCCUGGAGAUGCAGUUCACAAGAUCUACCCCAGCGCUUACAUCAAGGUGUUUGACUUGCGUCAGUGUCACAGGCAGAUGCAGCAGCAGGCAGCGACAGCUCAGGCAGCAGCUGCAGCCCAGGCAGCAGCAGUGGCUGGGAACAUUCCUGGGCCUGGCUCUGUGGGAGGCAUCGCCCCUGCCAUCAGUUUGUCUGCUGCUGCAGGCAUUGGGGUUGAUGACCUGCGCAGGCUGUGCAUCCUACGGAUGAGCUUCGUGAAGGGCUGGGGGCCCGACUACCCACGGCAAAGCAUCAAAGAGACACCCUGCUGGAUUGAGAUCCAUUUACACCGAGCUCUACAGCUACUGGAUGAAGUUCUGCACACCAUGCCCAUAGCUGACCCUCAGCCCCUUGAUUGAGUUAAAAGACAUGAACUGUACAAAAAAAAGACUAUACUUGUACAGACCACUCCAUUGACAGUAUAGGCCUGGAGUACCAAAGGAGGACUGCAAUGACAGGGAUGCUGAGUAGGUAGGUAGAUGUAGGAACAAGGACAUAAAGGCUGGCAGUAUACUCCAAACACACUGCUUUGAAAUCCAGCGCUGUGAGCAGUUGCCAGUAUACUGAGUGAGACUCCAGGUGUGUAAGUUCAGUGACUUCCAAUCAACAGCUGGAGAAGCAUGUGAGUCACACUGGGCGGAGUCAUAGUAAACACACUGCCAAGAAGAUGCGCAUGAAAAAGGGAGACAGUAUUCCGACAUUGUUCACCAAUUGGAAGUGCAUAACAGCAUGAAGUGAACAAGUCUGUCUCUCUUCAGUCUCAAGUUGCUACAAAAAUACUCACACACACUCCACACCGAGAUUAAGAGAUGCAAAAAGCCUAUCAAUUAUUUAAGUAGCCUUAGUGCUAAACAAAACAAAUGCUUCACUACAAGAGUGUAAGGUGUCAAAACAAGAAAUGAUUCAUACUCAGCUGUCGCCUUUUUUCAGUGUGAACAUUUCCAUUUUUAAGAUUUUAUGAUGUAUAGAGCCCCCGUAACUGACUGACAAAAUACUUUUUUUGGACUGUUUAGCAGGAGGGCAAACUAUUUGCCUUAAAACCAGUUAAGCUGAGCACAAUGUGGCAACUUGUAUUGAAUGCAAACCUGUUAUUUGUCUGAACAUAGUUAAUGUGAUUUCAGUUGGAGUAUACUGCUGGUCCAGUCCUCCUUUAUUGGCUCUCUGGUGCUAUAUGGCUUCAUGUAAGGGGGUUUUCCCCCCUCACAGAUCAGGACAUUUAUGUAAAAUCAUGUUAUUCAUUACUGAUGUUUUUGUAUGAUCUUGUCUUAAAUAUUUUUCAAUGCUGACAGUCCUUGUUUUACAUUUUUCGAUUUAUAUUCCCCUUUUUGAAUUGUUUGUUUUUAACGACGUAAAGAGCAUUUGCAAAGCCCAUUUUAGCUGACCUCAACUUCUCUUUCAGCAACAUAAAACUUCCAUUAUUCUACCACCAGUCAAGGCUGUUAUUACAGUGACAAGUUAUGUUUUCUACUGAAGUUUUUUAAAUCCAAAAUUUAAUUGAAAUUAUAAAAUAUUUUCAAAAGAAAAGGUGAUUGUAACACAUCUGCGUAAUAUUAUUUGUAAUUGUCAUUUUUUGAUUAGAUGUCCACAUAGUGUCCAUUAGCACUAUAUUAAUUUGCCUAAGUAUUUGGUCUUGUUUCAUAGUCUCAUGUGUGGUUACUUGUUGUAUCCAUAUGAUCUCUUAGCAUAGUUGCUAAUGACUUUGGUGAGAUUGAUUAAAAAUGUGCUUCAAAGUGUCUGCCCAAAAUCUGUUUUCAGUAUCAAACACUCACCGACUGCAGGUUUGAAAGGUGUCUUUAGCUCUAUUCUGGCAAAAUGAUGACUGCUUGGAACAUAUUGAGUUGUGGUUUAUGAAAUUUGAAAUUUUGUCUGUGUAGGAUGACAAUACCGUUAAACAACCACCUUUCAAACCUACAGGCGGUGAAUCUUUGAUAGUCAAAAGACAAAUUUUGGGUGGAGCAUCACUUUAAGAUAGCUCACCGCUACCCAUUUUAAUUUGAUGACACUUAACGUAACAUAUUCUAGACAACAGCUGAGUAAAGAAAACAAGAAAUUAAUUGAGAGGAAGUUUAAGCCAUAUUGAUGCCAAAUAUACCCUAUGAAAAGUGAAAAGGUUAUCAGUCAUUUCAGUGUUAAGUCGCUUGUAAAAGCUUGGUUUUAAUUAUGAACUGAAUGAUUUUAGAUUUUGCUCCGCACUAUUGAUCAAACAAUAUUUUGGUAUUUAGAGCUUUGUUUACCUACAGCUGUUGCAGUAUUUUAUACUCUUUUGCUACCUUUACAGUGAUGAACCACACUGGUCAUAAUUGAAAAUAAUAAUAAAAAAAGAAUACAAUUUUCAGGAAAUGCAAGGUCAUGCUCAUCUUAAUCUUUACAGUUGUGUAAUACAUUCUGAAUGCAUACUGAGUUUGAAUGAUGUUGGUGUUUAUAUGUAUGAAUAUGGUUGAAUAAAAUUUAAUGGGCUAACAUGUUUA